AUGGAGCUGCAAGAUUGCCUCGGGCGCCUGCAGCACACCGACCUCUCGGAGCUGCAAGGAGCCCUGGCGGACUUGAGCGUGUCCCAGCGGGAGAUGCUGAGUAUGGCCUGCGGUCUGGUGGAGACUAGCGAGGCGCCGCCGCCGCCGCCGCCGGUGGAUCGCGCGGCCAACCACAGCUUCUUUUCCGACCUGGCCGCGCAGACCACGGAUCUGCUGGCGAAGCGCUUCGAGGAGCGGCUGAAUGGCGCAGCGGCGCAGAUCCGCCGCGCCUACGCCCAAGCCCUGCAGAAGGAGAAGGACGCCUUCCAGCGGCAGCUCACGGAGCUCACGGCGCACUUUGCCACGGCGAAAGGAGAGGCCGAUGUGGGUCCGAAGGACACGAAGGUGGGGAGCUUCGAAGAGGCCUCGCGCCUUCAGCAGCAGGUGUCUGCGCUGCUGGAGCAGCCGCGGCCGCGGCUGGAUGGGGAGGAGGUGGCCUACUGCCAGGCUACGGCCCUUGUGCUGAAAGAGCUGCUGAAAGACGCGGACCGGCUCCGUGAGUAUGGCCAGCGGCGCCUUGCCGCGCUGUCCCUGGAUUUCCGGCCCAAGGGACUCACGGGGAAGGAGUACCCGGUGACGGUGCACCCAGCCGUGGACACGGUCAUGGAGGUGAAGCGCCGGCUGCGAGGCGGCCACGGCCUGGAGAGCUGCGUGGUGAAGCUCUGCACCACGGGGGACGGCCUGGUGGAGCUCUGCGAUGCGCAGCCCAUGAUGGACUACAACUUGGCCCAGGAGCUCACGGUGAUCUUCGUGGACAGCCUGGUGGCCAGCCCCCUGGUGCGGCUCGGCUUCGAGGACCCCAACGACCUCAGCUUCGAGUCCGUGUCGGGGCGCGCAGGCAGUUUGGAGGAGCCCGGGGAGGUGGAGUGGGUGAACACUCUGGGCAAGAAGGGUGUGAACAUCAAGAACCGCGGUUGCAUCGUUCUCCCAGAGCCCAUCCAACUGCGUGAGGAAUGGACGAUCUCGGUGUGGACCCUGGCGCCCAUUGACGUCAACGACCACACCUACCGAGACCUCGUAGAUUCCAUGAGAUCGCAGCAGCUGAUUGCGGUCAUCCUGGCGCGCGGGAAGCUUGGGAACUACAAUUCCAACUCCUUCAUCGAGGGCUUCAACGUCCGCGACCUGACUCCGGGCUGGCACCACAUCUGUGUGGUGGGGCAUGGCCGAGUCACCACGUACUACGUGGACGGGCGCUCGGUGGGCUGCAAGCGGUGCAAGGCCCGGGGCGAGAUCGGCGUGGUGGGCAACUCCCGGGGCUGCCGCGAGGCCUGGGGCUACAUGGCGGAGUUCCAGAUCUUCGGGGUGGCCGCCAGCGACGACCAGGUGGCCAACCUCUUCCGCGCCGGAGGGUCAGAAGUGUAG